CGGCGCGCCACCCCCGCGCGCGCCCGGCCGGCGGCGCGGCCGCCCCGUGCGCGCCCGGCGGCCUCGUCGCGAGCCCGGGGCCGUUCUAUGGGCGUCGGCGAGGACUGCGCGACCCUGGCCUGCCAUGGCGCGGCCGUGUCCAUGGUCGCGGCGUCCCUGCUCUGCGUCCUGGACCUCGCCUUUUCGGCCUCCCUCCUGCAGAGCACUGCCGAGAGCGUCCUCCUGUUACUGGGCGGCUUCCUGUGCCUGCAGGGCGAGACGCGCCUCUUCCACAGCCACCACGAGGUGAUCCGGGAGAACUGCGGGUUUGCCCUCAAGCCACUAGGGCGAGGCGCCGCCUAUCUUAUAAGUGGGCUCUACUGCGUCGGCGCGCGCUCCGCGUUCCUGGCGGAGUCGAGCUCGGACGGCACGGGGCAUUCGCCUACCUUCGGCCUGCUGUGGUACAUUUGCUGCCUCCUGAUGCUGUGCGGUGGCGGGGCCUCCCUGUGGACCUGGCGCUCCGAGCGGCGCUCUUCGGCGCUCGGCGCCGGCCUCUCCGACGCCCACGACAACUACUACAUCUCCUCUUGACCCCAGGCGUCGCACUGACCACCGCAGCCCUGGUCUGUGAGGGACGGGUCCAGCCGAAGCGUCGGCCUGAUCCGUGUACAUACGGAGCGUCAGUGCUCCAGCCUUGCUGCCUCCGCCUCUCGGUCCCUGCGUUUCUCCCCGGCUCCGCCCUGAGCACCCCCGUGUCCCGACAGCCCUGCCUAUGCCAAGUCGGCGCCAUUAGCAGGGCUGCUGCAGACCUAGCGUUCCCAGCAGUGCACAUGGCCUUCUGGUGUUGUCGGCAGGAAAGCGUUCUCGAGCAGGCUCUGCUGCGUUUGAGAGCACAGUCCACCAGUAGUAUAAGGAUGCGCGAUGAGGAUGCAAGGGCCUUGGAAGACCAUGCCGACACUUUCGAGCGGGGCGCGGCCAGCGAAAAGAGCCA